AUGAGUCGUCGUCUUUUUCUUCGGAUUGCAAAUGCAGUGAAAGCUCAUAAUCCAUAUUUCAAACAAAGGAUAGAUGCUCUUGGUGUUCUUGGUAUAUCUUGCCUUCAAAAGGUAACUGCAGCUCACAGAAUACUUGCAUAUGGUAUUCCUGCAGAUCUUACUGAUGAAUAUCUUCGAAUUGGAGAAACCACUGCGAUAGAAAGUUUUAGAGCUUUCGUCAAAGCAAUUGUAGAAGUUUUUGAGGCGAUGGCUUCACAAGAUCUUUGGAUAUGGCAUGCCUUUUUUGGAAUGUCUGGAUCAUUAAAUGAUACUAAUGUUUUUGAUCGGUCACCUAUCUUUGCUGCACUUGCUGAAGGUCGUACUGUUCCUGUCAAUUAUACAAUUAAUGGGCAUGAAUAUAUAAUGAGAUACUAUUUAGCAGAUGAGAUUUAUCCUAAUUGGUCAACCUUUGUUAAGACAAUCCCAAUACCAUUAGGAGCAAAGAGAAAAUAUUUUGCAAGUAAGCAAGAGUCUGCAAGAAAAGAUGUGCAGCGGGCAUUUGGGGUGCUCUAA